AUGGCGACAAACACUGGAAAUAGUUGGACAACAACUAUCAUCAUCAAUACGUCCCUGCAGAGCCAUGAAACCAUCCGGAUGCUUCAAGCGCAACGGCACAAAAUCCGACUGUCAGACAGCGUAGAGUUGGACUCUUUUGUUUUUCCUCAGUCUGGUACCGCGUUCAAGCUUGUGGAGCCGGAAAAAGUCAAAGACCAGUCAAUCCUCGUAGAGCAAAUCCAGAAGUUUGUGGCGCUCCACCAGAAUUCUUUCGUGCUAUUCUAUUCUCCUUUCAACAGGGAAACACAACAGAAAAUGUUGUCAUUCAUCCAGGAAAGAUUCUUCGGCAGUAAACUCUACAUUUUACCCGUGCGAAACAAUGAUGAAAUUAUCAAUGGAAUGCUGACAAUCGCAAAGGCUACGACCAAGCCUCACGUGGAUUGCAUUUUGAACAGAAUGGCUACCAUUCGGUCGGAGAUUCUCGAUAUAAGCCCCGUGUUGGAGAUGUACAAAAAGCUCACUAAAGCACCAGAGUGA